AUGUGCCACAUCCCAGUCUUCUGCUGGAUCUCUGCUUCAGUUCUGGAGGAGGUGUUGAAAACCAGAGAGGGAGAGCUGCCCAAGACCCUGACUGAGAUGUACAUCCACUUCCUGGUGGUUCAGUCCAAAGUGAAGAACAUCAAGUAUGAUGGAGGAGCUGAGACGGAUCCACACUGGAGUCCAGAGAGCAAGAAGAUGAUGGAGUCUCUGGGGAAACUGGCUUUUGAGCAGCUGCAGAAAGGCAACCUGAUCUUCUAUGAGUCCGACCUGACAGAGUGUAGCAUCGAUAUCAGAGCAGCCUCAGUGUACUCAGGAGUGUUCACACAGGUCUUUAGAGAGGAGAGAGGACUGUACCAGGACAAGGUGUUCUGCUUCGUCCAUCUGAGCGUUCAGGAGUUUCUGGCUGCUCUUCAUGUCCAUCUGACCUUCAUCACCUCUGGAGUCAACCUGCUGAGUGCUGUGGACCAGGCCUUACAGAGUCCAAACGGACACCUGGACUUGUUCCUGCGCUUCUUCCUGGUCUUCACUGCAGACCAUCAGAAACUCCUACGAGUGAAGCAGAUCCAACAGUACCUGAGUUCAGGAAGUCUCUCCACAGAGAAUCUGUCUCCUGCUCAGUGGUCAGCUCUGGUCUUCAUCUUACUGUCAUCAGGAGAAGAUCUGGACGUGUUUGAUCUGAAGAAAUACUCUGCUUCAGAGGAGGCUCUUCUGAGGCUGCUGCCAGUGGUCAAAGCCUCCAGGAAAGCUCUGCUGAGUGUCUGUAACCUGUCAGAGAGAAGCUGUGAAGCUCUGUCCUCAGUCCUCAGCUCCCAGUCCUCUAGUCUGAGAGAUCUGGACCUGAGUAACAACGACCUGCAGGAUUCAGGAGUGAAGAAGCUUUCUGCUGGACUGAAGAGUCCACACUGUGAACUGAAGACUCUCAGGCUGUCAGGCUGUCUGAUCACAGAGGAAGGCUGUGAUGCUCUGGUCUCCGCUUUAAACUACUCCCAUGUGAGAGAGCUGGACCUGAGCUACAAUCAUCCAGGAGCCUCAGGGGGGAGGCUGCUGUCUGCUGGACUGGACACGCUCAGCCUGGAGCCUGCUGCAGUCCGGUUCUUGAGGCCAGGAGGUCUCAGGAAGUAUUUCUGUGGACUCACACCGGACUCAAACACAGUGAACAAAAACCUCAAACUGUCUGACAACAACAGGAAGGUGAUAUAUGUGGAGGAGAAGCAGAAAUAUCCUGAUCAUCCAGAGAGGUUUGACUCCGAUCCUCAGCUGAUGUGCAGAGAAGCUCUGACAGGUUGCUGUUACUGGGAGGUCGAGUGGAGAGGAGGGGUUUCUAUAUCAGUGACUUACAGAGGAAUCAGGAGGAGAGGAGACAGUGAGGACUGUGGGUUUGGAGGGAAUGAUCAGUCCUGGAGUCUGGAGUGCUCUGCUGGUGUUAGUUACUCUAACUCUGUCAGGCACAAUAAGAGAGAAACACUCAUCUCCUCGUCCUCCUCUUCCUCUCGUAGAGUAGCAGUGUAUCUGGAUCAUCCUGCUGGCUCUCUCUCCUUCUACAGAGUCUCCUCAGACACACUGACCCACCUCCACACCCUCAGAACCACAUUCACUGAACCUCUCUAUGCUGGGUUUGGGUUCUGGUCUGGUUCCUCAGUGUCUCUGUGCUCUCUGCAGGAGUGACCCCCCCUACAUCUAAAUGUUGAGAUUUCAGAAAAUAAAAGUUUCUCAAAAAGAAGUCAGAAAUGUAAGAUUUUAAGAAAACUCUCAAAACAAAAGUCAGUAUUUGCUAAGAUGAAACUCAGAAAGAGGUUGAAGAACAACAGGAAGUCCAUUCUGAUUUAUUUCCACACGGAGGCUUUUAUUCUGAAACUGCAGGAAAACCUACAUUUAUCCCAAAGUCUUCCCACCACCUGUAGUUUGUGAACACGUGACAUCACUUCAGUUUGAAUGGCAGCAGCAAAGGGUUACUGAGGCUCGUUGAGAACAGGUCAUAGUGACGAGUUCAACCACUUCUGCAGAAUGUAAUAUAUGAUGGAAACAAACUAACAUAUAAUAACGUCUAAAGUGCAAACGUGAACAUAAAGUGCAAACCACAGCGUGCAUGCAUUUGAGCUCAAUGACCGGCUUCCCUGUGAAUAUUUAAAAUAUAACGUGGCCCUACACGGCAGAGUCUGAGCGGCUCAGAGUGCAGCUUUUAUUUCAAUGCUCGCUUUUUACUCUCAUGCAAACAUGGUCAUUACUUUUUAAGAAGUGUUGAGGUCUUCAUAUUAGGUUGAAUAAUUAAAACAAAAGUUAAUAUAAUCAAAUAUAUUCUUGUAUAACCCACAAUGAAAAUGCAUUAUAUUGUAUGUUGUUCCAUAAUCACAGUAUAUACAAAAUUGAGUUCAAUUGAGUUUAAGGCCUUUUAUAGUUUCACUAAGGGUGUAGCGGCCAAAAUCCUAUAGAACUAAAACACCGCUGAGGCACUGGUUAGUGGAUCUUACGCAGGGCAAUGAUCAUCCAAGUCCAGACAAGAACCUCCAUUUGUGCAUUUUAUUCCAAUAACAAAGUAAUGAACAGGUUUCCUAUCUCUCUCUUCCUGAAGCCGUUCCUUUGUGUAGCUUGAAACACCCUGAUAAAAAAACCGUGUGCCUACUCGUGCUCCCACCUCCACCUGUCUCCAAUAUAUACAAUUACACCAGGUGCUCUGAUCACCCAGUGCCCAAAACAUGCCUUCAAAAUAAAAGCAUCGAAACUACACUGAACAAAAAUAUAAACGCAACACUUUUGUUUUUGCUCCCAUUUUU